AUGGCUAACAAAAAGAAGUUGAAAACAAAAAAAAGUGAUACAAAAAGAAUCAGGUAUGAGUGUUAUGAUGGUUGUCCCUUUACUCUUCUCAUAUCUAAGGAUGGAAAAUCAACAACAUUCAAGGUUAAAACAUUGAAGCCUAAUCAUACUUGUGGUGAUUCUUUUGUUAAUCCAUUGGCAACUUAUCAUACCUUGGCUGUUUAUUUUAAGGAUGAAGUUCAAAAUGAUCCAAAAUACCCUAUCAAAGACAUGAGAGGAAUUCUUGAAAAAAAGUUCAAGUUGAAUGUCUCAAGAUCCAAACUAAAAAGAGCCAAAACAAUGGCUCUUGAUAAGUUGGAAGGCAGUUUCAAAGAUGACUACAAUAGGCUUGAAGCUUAUGGUCAAGAACUUAGACAAUCAAAUCCAGGAUCUGAUGUGGUAAUUAAUAUCUCUAAAGAUGCACUUGAACAAGGCAUAAGAAGGUUUUUGAGAAUGUACAUUUGCUUCAAGGCUUUGAAGGAUGGAUGGAAAAGUUUGAGACCUAUAAUUGGUUUAGAUGGAACAUUUCUCAAAGGAAAAUGUAAGGGGCAACUAUUAAUAGCUAUUGGGCAAGACUCAAUGAAUCAUUUCUACCCAAUAGCUUGGGCGGUGGUGGAAAAGGAAAACAAAGGAACAUGGACAUGGUUUAUUCAGUCGUUGAGGAUUUCGUUGGAGCUUAAAAAUGGUGAAACUGUGACAUUUAUGUCUGAUAUGCAAAAGGGCCUGUUGGAUGCUGUAGUUAAUGUUCUUCCAGAAGCACACCAUAGGCUUUGUAUGAGGCAUAUAGAAUCUAACUGGUGCAAGAAAUGGCGGAGUGGUGAAGAGAAAAAAUUAAUGUGA